AUGGAGGGAGUUCAACAGCGGCAACAAGCAGAGAAUGCAGAAGCUCCGUCUCAAACAAGUAGUCAGAAUAAUGCACCUAUUGAGCUGACACCUCAUGAACUUGAAGUUCAAAAGAAACUGGUUCGUAAACUCGACUUGCGAUUCAUGAUUUGGGCCUUCUUCGCUUACUGGGCCAAUGGUCUCGAUCGAAACAACAUGCGUAAUCUCCAAAUUCCUUCGAACAUGAUCAUCACCAAAGUACGACCUAGUCUCAUGUUGCCUGCUGCUGUGACUACUUGGGGUGGUGUUGUAUGCUUUAUGGCACUUGUGCGGACACACAGUGCUCUUUACGGCUUGCGUAUCUUGCUCGGUUUUGCUGAAGCUCCUUUCUACCCUGGUAUGGUCUUUCUACUUGGUAACUGGUACACCCGUCAAGAACUUGGUACCCGUACUGCCUUCUUCGUUGCGGGCUCACAGUUUUCUGGUGCUUUCAGUGGCUUGAUUUCGGGCGCCAUCGCUGAUACCCUUGACGGUGCUCAUGGUAUGCGUGGCUGGAAAUGGCUUUUCAUUAUCGAAGGACUUAUCGGUGUUGCUAUUGGCGUCGUCGGCUUCUUUUUAAUUCCUGAUUAUCCUCACAACACUCGUUGGAUCGUGGGUGAGGAGCGUGAGCUUGCCGUCAAGCGCCUGGAGCUCCAGGGCAAAAAGGUCAUUGCUACUGGUCUCAACCUUACUACUUUACGCAACGUGUGCACCACACCAUAUAUCUACCUCUUUAUUAUAAUUUUCACUUGCAUGCAACUUGGUAUGGGUAUCCUUCAAAAUUUCGCCAUUAUUCUCCGUGAGUCCGGGUACGAGGCUUCCUUCUCCAAUUACAUGACAGUACCCUAUUGGUGUUUGGCUGCCGUUGUGAUUGUUGCUCAAGGCUGGCUUUCCGAUCACUAUGGCAAGCGCCACUGGCAUAUCCAAGCCGGUGCUCUCUGGACUCUGGUCUUUUAUGUCCUCCUUGUUGCCGUCAACCAUGGAAAUGUUCCCAUCCCACUCUUGUAUGUCUGUACUUACAUGGUUGUCCCUGUGCUCGGUAUUUCGCCCAUUAUGAUGACUUGGAACAACGAAAUCCAUCAAUGCGAUCCCGAGACUCGUGCCUUGGCCAUUGCCAUAGUGAACGCUAUUGGAAACCUCGCCCCUAACUUUAUCAAUGUCAAAUCUAUAGUUACCCAAGCUCCGGCCUUCCGUACUGGUAAAAUUGUUUCAACCUCUACGACAGCUUUAAUGAUGGUGGUAUGCCUCCUAGUCUACUAUUUGGAAGAAAAAAAGAUCGCAUUGCCUAAAGCUAAGGAUACCAUCAAAGCUGAAAGCGUUAAUGAGAAGAAAGAAGUCGAAGAAGUCUGAAUAGUACUAAAACUAAGCUUACUCUCCAUAAAUACGUAUAUAUUAUUACAUGUCUCAUUGUGU